CUGUCAUGGCGGAUUUGCUGAAGAAGACCACCGGCCUUGUGGGAUUGGCUGUAUGUGAGAGUCCACAUGAGAGUCUAAGAAUAUUGUACUCAAAGAUUCUUGGUGUUCUUGAGCAAAUUCCUAAAAAUGCAGCAUAUAGAAACUACACAGAACAGAUUACAAAUGAGAAGCUGAGUAUGGUUAAAGCGGAACCAGAUGUUAAGAAAUUAGAAGACCAACUUCAGUGCAGCCAACUAGAAGAGGUUAUUCUUCAGGCUGAAAAUGAACUAAGUCUGGCAAGAAAUAUGUUACAGUGGAAACCAUGGGAGACUUUAGUGGAAGAGCCUCCUGCCAACCAAUGGAAAUGGCCAAUAUAAUCAUCAUUAAAUGAUUAGUGUGUUGAUGGGAAAUGGAUGUAACUAAAUGUUCUGUUAUAUUAAAAA